AUGGAUCGCUUGGUGGAAUGGUGCGAAGUGGCUCAAACCGAAGGGAAGCUGGUUCCGGUGAUGGUGGCACCAAGGCAAUAUAACCAUCUAUCACCGCGCGCGCUUGAAAAGCAACCUGCCAGAGAUGUCUUUCCGCCAGUAGCAUCUCACACGGCCCAUCCUGCAGACCCAUCAUCCUCAUUAACAUUUCCUGCCCACCGACCUCCUGUCACCGAGCAGGAUUCGUCCGCCCUGACGUCCACUUGUCCGAACCCGCAGGCCCAGAGGAGAUCUUUCCUCGAAGCCUUGCUGGUCCGCCAAAAGAAAGUCAUUCCUCCAGACAAUCGUUCAGCCACGUCGCGCGUUCUCAAUCCCAUCAACUACGUCCCUCGACCGACCCCCGUUCGCGUGCAGCCUCAGCCGCCGCAUCAACGUCAAACUUCGGCCGACAUUGGCGCCGGUGAAGUCCACACCUUACUCAGUCUCCCUGAACAGCGUCGAUCCCGCCAACAUUCCCCUACGGAUCCAAUUGUCGAACACAGUCCCCGUUUAACUCCUCGAGCUGGCGAUCGAACCAGCAUCGGCCUCCCACCUAAUCAACAACGCGGUAAUCUCCCUGAAUCCUCUCGAAGCGUCGGACCCAUGGUUGAGUCGGAAAAGAAAGAACCUAAUGGGCUGAAAGAGCCGGAUCGAGCGCUCAUUCCGACGUCGAAAUACAAUACUCGAGAACGUGAUCUCGAGGCACAACAAGCAUCUUCAGUAUUGGGUCCGAGUUAUGGAGUCAAUCCUCUCGAUCAACCAUUACAACCCCCUCGGCGCAUCACCUCCCAUCGCUCUCUAAGACGUGCGCAAUCCGCUGCUUCAAUACACUCUUCUGCUUUCGCCAGAACGAACACAGACGGUCGACCUCCUGUCAGUGGCUCACAAGAAGAAGUUGGUCAGGAAUACCCUGGAGGUGAUGACGGCAGUGUCGGAGAAGAACUUGCUUGGGGACCAUCUCAUCCAUGCUUUCCGCAUCUAAAUCCUCAUGUCCCCCGCAAUUCCCGCGAAUAUGCCGCCACCAGAGUUAUCCGUAUACGGAGAGACUGGAUGGUAGCCGGUGACUUGGCUCCAACCUAUUCCAACAUCUAUCCCGAAAUCCUCGACCCAUUAAUGCAAGAACAAGAAUUCCGCUAUGUGAUUGAACAUAUCAAUCAAACUUUGUGCCAAGCAUACGACCCUUUUUCGACGUGGAACUGGUUCGAUGGACUGAUAGGUCUUGUGACGGGCUGGUUCUGGGAAGACUUCCGACCCAUGGGUAUCAAGGGUCAUUUGAAGGCACUUGACGAAUGGUUGGAGGACUGGAAUCAUACAGUCGGGGCAAGAGAUGGUGUGAAAAUCAUCCCUCUCCGGCGUACCGGUUACAUGAACCUCGAUAUUCAGAUUCCUGAUCCGCAGGUUAGAGUCGUCGGUGAUGGAGAUGGAGAAUCUCAACAAUCUCCGCCCACCGCACCCCCUCCGGACACCGCCGGUACUCAAACCAAGUUGCCUUAA